GUUUUUCUCGGUGGUGUAGAGCCGCGGGGAGAAAGAGAGAGAACGGGCCCGGGACGGAGCAUGGACUACCUGACCGGGAGGAGCGGGCGGGUCCUGAGGGGCAAUGCCAACCGCCUGUGGAUGGGGCUGCGGGAGGUUCACUUCCAGGACUACCUGAAGGAGGGAGUGGGGAAGAGUCCUCCGGACAGCCCGGAUCGGGAGCUGAGCCCCGUGCCUGCAGAUACCGGGCAGAAAAAGACCCUCGAGAAGAAAGAUGGGCGACGGAUGUCCUUCCAGAAGCCAAAGGGGACCAUGGAGUACACGGUGGAAUCCAGGGAUUCGUUGAACAGCAUUUCCCUGAAGUUUGACACAACACCAAAUGAGCUGGUUCAGCUCAAUAAGCUUUUCUCCAGAGCGGUCGUACCUGGACAACUGCUAUACGUCCCUGACCCAGACUGCAUUUCCAGUGUGGAGAGUUCCCCGUCCCUCAGUCCCAUAAGUCCUCUAUCUCCAACCUCAUCAGAAGUGGAAUUUGAGAAAACCAUUGACCCACAAGGCCCUCACCACAAGGACUCCGUAUCCACAACUUCCUACUCAUCGAUCCGCCCUUCCAGGGUGGUCUCAUCCACAUCGGAGGAAGAAGAAGCAUUUACAGAGAAGUUUCUGAAGAUUAACUGCAAGUACAUAACUGAUGGAAAGGGAGCGGUCAGCGGCGUACUUCUCGUGACGCCAAAUAACAUCAUGUUUGAUCCUCAUAAGACGGAUCCUCUGGUGCAGGAGAUUGGCUGUGAAGAGUACGGCAUCAUGUGCCCAAUGGAGGAGGUGACAUCGGCUGCUAUGUACAAAGAAAUAGUCAAUAGCAAAUUGAAGGAUAUUCCUGUAGAUGUAGAGCAGCUGACCAGUAUGAGAGAUUUCUGCCAAUUUAAGAAAAUUUCUCAGAGUAAUAAUCACGAAUUUGAUACAAAAAUGUGGGAUACUGGAAACGACAGUGCCAGCACCGCGCCCCGCAGCACCGAGGAGUCCUUGUCCGAGGACGUCUUCACGGAAUCUGAGCUGUCCCCUAUUAGAGAAGAGGUGCAUUCCUCCGAUGAGCUGCGACAGGACAAAUCUUCAGGCGCAUCCUCUGAAUCUGUUAAGACAAUCAACCAACCAGCAGGAGAAUGUUGCACAACACACACUUCAGACUCCACGGAUGCUUUGUAUGAAAAGGGCAACGGCGGGCCAUCAGCCAACGACAGCGGGAUUGCCAGCAAUGCCAAUGAUUUGGAAAAGAGCGACGCUUCCAUUAAGGUAGGUGAAGACUUGGAUAAAGUAUCUGAAGCAUCUGCUGAAUUACAAGCCAGUACGGAGCUGGAGGACGUGGAGGGUGCAGGGUACAAAUGCAAAGAGGACAAUCGAGGGUCGGACAAUGCGCUUAAAUCCCGGGAGCAGAGUGUUGAUAACGAGGAAUCUGAACCUGGAAACCAAGGAGAGGAGACGGAAGGAGGACUCCGGGUAAAACCCUCCCUGGGAGACUCAGAAACUGAAGCGGAAGAACUGAGAAAGUUUUGGAAAAACCUCACUAUGCAACAAGCCAAGCAGCAGCGGGAGGACAUGCAGCACGCCACGCAGAAGGAGAAUAAGCCAAAGAUGAGCACAGAUUCUCAUGGGGAAGGUGUAUGCUCCGCUAUUGCCAAAGAAAAGCGAAGGCACAGAUCCCAUAAAUAUCUGUGUCUCCGAGUUGGGAAGCCAAUGAGGAAAACAUUUGUUUCUCAAGCCAGCGCAUCAAUGCAGCAGUACGCACAAAGAGACAAACUAGAGUACUGGUUCGCUGUUCCGCAUGAAAGGACAGAUCACCUUUACUCGUUCUUCAUUCAGUGGAGUCCGGAAAUCUACGCUGAAGAGAUCGGGGAAUCCUCUCGGGAGCCGGGCUUUGUUGUGGUUAAAAGGAAUGAAGAGCCUGAGAGCUCUGAAGGAUCCACAAAUGACUCGGCCACACGAUUGUGGGAGGUAGUGUCAGUGGCUGAGUACCACCGCAGGAUCGAUGCCCUAAAUACUGAAGAACUGCGCACUCUCUGCAGACGUCUCAAGAUUACCACAAGGGAGGACGUGAACUCCAAGCAAGCAACAAGCAUCAGGAGUGACCUGGAGCCCGAAGCUUUCAGACCAAACCUCAGCGACCCUAGCCAGCUUCUACAAACUGACCAAAUUGAAAAGCUCACAAAGCACCUCCCACCUCGCACAAUUGGCUACCCAUGGACACUUGUGUACAGUACAGCAAAGCAUGGGAUGAGUCUGAAGACUCUGUACAGGACAAUGCUGGGAUUAGACACUCCUGUCCUCCUGGUGAUUAAAGACAGUGAUGCCCAGAUUUUUGGAGCAUUGGCAUCAGAGCCCUUUAAAGUGAGCGAUUGCUUCUAUGGCACUGGGGAGACUUUCCUGUUUACAUUUUGUCCUGACUUUCAGGUGUUUAAAUGGACAGGGGAUAAUAUGUUCUUUAUCAAAGGCGACAUGGACUCCCUAGCAUUCGGUGGAGGAGGAGGAGAGUUUGCGCUGUGGCUGGACGGAGAUCUCUACCACGGGAGAAGUCAUUCGUGUAAAACCUUUGAAAAUACUAUACUUUCUAAGAAAGAAGAUUUCAUUGUCCAAGACAUUGAAAUUUGGGCAUUCGAGUAAAUAUGUAAAUAAAUAGAGCACAGAAUUAUCUCCUCAACCCUGUACAGAAGAGAGGAGGAGAGACUCCAUGUACUGCGGCUUACUAAUAUAUACCCUUUUAAUAUAUUUGUAUUUUUGUUAAUAUUUAACCAUAGUAAUUUUUUAUUUUUUUUCAGUAGUUAUAUCUAUUUUCGGACAUGAAUAUUGGGUGAAGCUGUAACUGUAUGUUUUUGAUGACUGUCGUAACUCUGUCACUUUCUCUGUCAGCGGCUCAAGUCUAGAAGGCUGUAGAAGGACACAUAUCACAAGCAGACUGCGGAUAUCUUCAUGUAGUCAGCUGUGAGGUUAUAACAGCUGUUGUAUUGUUUCAAACCUUCCCCCAGAAAGGUAUUUUUUUUUUUAGGAGCCAGGGUUUACCGACUUAAAGGAUACCUCCACCUAGAAGGUAUAUUUUGGUUGUAGGUGGGCACUUAUGUGUUGCAUUUAUCCACCUUCUUUGAUCUCAGUGACUCCAGUAGCAAGACCUGCCAAUUAUAUUCAAUAUGGCCAAACUUUCCUUCGUUAACAACCAAUUGAAGUUGCCAUCCUCUCACUGUGUUAUUGUCCAGGUUAUUUCAUAAUAUAUAGUGGAGAAACUUGCAAAGGAGCAUGCAACCCUAGCCUGGCUUUUCAAAGGUCUUUUAUUAAAUCAACCCCAGUUAUUAAACUCAGACUCUUUAUCCCAGGAAUGUCUUUACCUCUUUUUUCUUGGUUUUAGACGCUAGGAGCUGCAAUGUCAGAUGUUUCGUUGCCUGCUGGUGAAUCGGAGAACACAAAUUACCUGUUCAAUUAUAAAAGUAUUCUAGGAGCUUUGUAUUAGUAUCCGGAUGUUUGCAAGUGGGUUCCAGGAAGCAUGGGGGCUCUUAUGAAUCUGGUGGUAGGAUUGUUUCUGUGGGAACUUGCUUCAUGGCAAGUAAUGUUGAGAAUAUGCUUUAGUUUAUUUUUUUUAUGUAGCUAUACCUUUUCAAAGGAAAGCUAUAGGGAGAUACACCUGGGAGAGGGCUGUAAUUGCUGCUCUCCUGGAAAUAAUUGUCUGUCCUUUUUUUGCAUGCUGGUGGCUUUAAUUCUUCCUGUGGCGCUGACUCGGAGCAAGUUUGCAGAUUAGGAAUAUAAGCAUGAAGUAAGAUCCCCUGACUUGCCUAUUUGCUCUGGGUGUGUGUCUCAGAGUAUCAAAUCCAUUGAUUUAGCAUGAUGGCCAGGAAACUAGCAUUUUCAGAAUAAGAGUGGAGCAAUGGCAGCCUCGUAUUUCCCCGAUAUAGGUUAACUUUGUUAAUUUAGGGCAAAGUAUAAAUCUCUUCCAGUAGACCACCCUCUGUUGAUACUUACAAAUUCUUACAAUUUCCAAGCUAGAGCCCACACAUGGGGCACAAAGUAAUCUUCCUCCCAUGACGCAGUUCUCAUUACUCAAACGGCAGGGUUCUAGGCACAAACGUUUGAUAUGGUGGGUUCCUUAGACCUAUGUCCUUAGUCCUUGGGCCCAUGUGAGCUCAGACAAUAAGCUCACACAGAUCGUUUUACUAAGACUCUAGGCAGUAGGAUCGAGGUUGGAUAUCAAGAGAAAA